GUUCAAGGCUUUAUUGAUUCACCGUUUUCAUGAUAUCGGUUUGUGUAUUCCGGCAAUCCAAUGCAGGGAAGUUUCAAGAUACAACUCAUAAACAUGGGAACGCGGGCGGCGGCUUAGCUCAUCGGGGAUCAUUGAGUAGUGAGAAAGCUUUUUGUGUGUCCUAAUGCUGAGCGCACAGACUGACAAUAUGCAGUCAGCUUCGGAGGCACUGGGUCAGAAAGUCACAGCGAAGAUCCGCAGCUUGUACGACUGCCAGUUGCGGCUGAUGCAUAACAUCCAGCCACUGCCCUCUGGCGUGGACAUCGCUAACACCGUCAAGUAUUUUUCCCAAACGUUACUAAGUGUACUGAAGGAUGUAACACGCUCUCCGCUGGAGUUGAUCAGGGAUCCAGCCAACGACGCAGAGCGAAUGUCUCUGUACCCUAAUUUGGACUACAAGGGGCUGUUUAACGCUAUAUCGCAACUUGUGGAUUCCGCGCCUCACUUACAAUAUGGGAUUCAAGCUUUCGGCCAGGCAGUUCUUCAAUGUUUGGGCUGCUUACUCCCAUUCCUGGAAUACGACAUGAUAGACAACCUACCGUACCUAGUGGCGUACUGCGUUGCAGUAUUCCCGGUAGCGCUGCACCAGGAGAUCCUGAAUCUCCUGUGCUAUUACAUACUUCCAUUUACUAUUACUCGCCGUUAUUCGGGCCAAGAAGAUGAAAGUCAAGCUUCACAAUCUGUCGCUGCCAUUGUCAUGAUGGUGUUCCAGCACUCCAGUAAUCCAGCCCACCACUGCCAGCUGCUGGAGUGCCUGAUGUCGAUGAAGCAGACCGUCGUUAAAGACAUCCUGUGCGUGAUCGCUUACGGCACGUGGGGAGCGAGGCUGUCUGCAGCGAAGCUACUUUUCUACUACUGGCCCCCUUUCGACGCCAAGCUCUUCGACAGGAAGGGACUGCUCUGCAAGUUUUCUAAUGACUUGGUGCCUUUCCUCUGUCAGCGCGAUAUGUGCCCCAACGCGGGCACGGCGGAGGCUGCUAAGGUCUGCUACGACCACUGCAUCAGCGUCACCUUCGCAUCAGACAGUCCGCCGCCCCUGUACUUGUGCAUUGAGUGCGCUAAUGAGAUACACAGGGAACAUCCAAACCAGCGCUUCUUCGAUAUCCUGCACCCUCAACAACAAGUAUCCAUGGUUUGCGAGAACAAGAACUGCCGCUCCGCAGAUAAAGCGGCCUAUUCAAUUUGUUUCUCCAACGAAUGUGCAAGUUAUAAUGGGAAUCAUCCUAUCAGAUACUGCGGACAAUGUCACGGCAACCGUCACAACAGUCGGCGCGGCUCCGAUCACGUGCUGCACACGCGACUGCCUUGCGCCUGGUACAUGGACGCGGACAUGCAGACCAACCUUGUCGAAGCUGUUAUCAGUUUAUUGAAAGAAGCAAAACCAAUAAAUAUGGAAGAUCCAGACAGCGCUUCAGAACAAGCCAAGCCCCCGGUUUCUGUCGAUCUACCGGACCCGAUAUCAGUGGAGGACAGGCAACUCCUCGGCAGGUAUGGUGUGUGGUUGAUGGUCGGUUUGUGUACACCGAACCCUGACACGCCCGAGGAGAUCCUUGGACGCCUGCUGUCAGUACUCUUCCAUUGGUUUCACGUCACGUCAUUCUCUUAUACUGGCGAAACUGCAACGAUUGUAGAGAAGCUGAAGCUAGAGCACGUCUGCGGCUGGGUGCGCGCGCUGUGUGAGCAGCAGCGCGGGGUGCUGGUGGCGUGUCUGUUGCCGCACCCUCCUCACUACAUGCGCCAGGCAGGCCACUGGGACAACCUCGCCUCUAAGACUCACCACCUGAAAGACGGACUCAACAGGUUGUACUGUUUAAUUCCUUACGGCAUCAUCACACAAUCGAUCUGGGACUACAUCAUGCCUGCAUGGAUGGAUGCUAUUUGCACGGAAAUGCCAGAGAAGGAGUUGAGUGAGCUGAAAGUACCGCUGGGUAAGAUCUUGGAACCCGAAGGUGCUUUAGGCGGGGUGGACGAGAAGGGUCUGUACAAGUUUGCCGCCAUCAAGGUCACGCAGAGUCCCACACCAGAAACAGUUUUGCCCGUAUUGGAGUGGUUCCAGACUAUAUCUCAAUUAGAAGUCAAGAUACCGUUGAGUCAACUGUUUGAUCUUUUCAAUCACUGCGUCGUGAAUCUUCCCGAGAAGAUAGUUAGCCCACCUCGUUCUGAUGGCACAAAAUCUAAAGAUUCGAAGGACUCUCCAAAUGCUACCGACAAGGAGAAAAAGGACAAAGAUGAUCAGAUGAAACCUCAGAACCUAACUUGUUGUAUCCUCAUGUUGGACAUAUUAAAGAAACAGAUGGAGUUGCAGCAAAGACGUAUAAACAUCCAAACCGUGAGCAGUGACGCUACCAAGCUACUGCGACUGAUGCUGAAGUCUAAUCAAGCUAACACCAUCGGACACGCCGGUUGUUCCGCGGAGGGCGCGUGCUCGUAUUGCGAGGCGGCUGCACUGUGGCAUCAACUAUGCGUCUCCAUCGUCACAGCUCUCGGACCCACUCGACCAAGACAUGCCAGACAUGAGGCAUCGUCAGAGGAGAUAUGGACAGAUCAGUCGAGCAGGAAGAACCAGUCUGAAGAGGAUUGCAGUAAGUCACCGUUGAGUGACGUGUUGGUUCCCGCGCCCCCCGCCCCGCCUGCGCCCCCCGUGGGCGGGGUGUUGGUGCACGUGCCGCAUUUUGUCCAUUUCAUGCAACUGUCGCUAUUAAAUGACGUCGGUCCGGACUCGACGCUCGCUAAGUCCACGACCGAUACACAAAUAAUGACAGCAACGGUGGAGACGAUAACGGAACAACUUGACAUGGCGGUGUCUCUGCCAGAAGCACCGCCAAUGGCGACAGCCCACACUGUCACCUUAACUGACACGGAUGUUGCCACUGCUACUGCUGAUGUCUCUACCCCAAACCUGCUUGGAGAUCAUGAAAUGAUGGCAGGGUCCGUAGAAGAGGAAAUGGUUAACUUCUGGCCAACGUCCGCCGGGAAGUUUCAUUUCUGUAUAGAGGAUCUGCCGCAGGAGUUGCAGUACAUUCAUCAAUUGCUUCAAGAACUAAAGAGCACAUCUAGACCGGACGUGCUGUAUCAUCUUCUUCAAUGUCUCCAAGUACUGGUGCUGAACACAGACGCUCUCGCAGACCACAGGGGCUUCCUUAUUUGGUGUCAGGAGAACUUGCUAAUUGACAAUUUGUGGAGCGUGUGCCUAGCUGCCCAGUCGCAUAUUUGCUCGGUGUCUGUGCCGGUGCUUCUGCACUGCGUGACGCUGGCGGGCGGCGCCGACGUGCUGUGCCGUCUGCUGCGAGACAACUUCCACCAUCAGGACUACCGCGUCCGCUUCACGGCUGUGGAGCGAGUUCAAGUCCUCAUAAGGUUCAUGGAUGGGUCCCCGAUUAACACGAGUCUGGCGUUGCAAACGGCCAUGGCGACAGCGUUCUGCUAUCUCAUCUCCAGUAUGGACGAUAUCAACGUGUACGUAGCGCAGAGAGCCACUCUGUACAUCGGGACCAUACACGAUAAUGCCAUUGAGCUCCUCCUUUACUGUCUGGAGACGCAGUUCGAUCUUGUAAUUGUGGACCGUCCAAUGAUACUUCAGUCGAUAUACCAACUCCACAACACGCUAAGUGACCGUCGCAUAUUGACCUGGGAUUUCUUCCUCAAUCGCUUCGAAGCGCUGCUCAUAGAAGCGCAUAUCAACUCUAAUAAAUCUAUCGACUUGAAUGCUUUACGAGAGGUGGUGAGUAGUGAAGCCAGUCCGGAGCGGGUCGCGCAGAAGGCUCGGCGCGCGCAGCAGGCGCUGGGUGGGGGAGCCCUGCACGCCCUCAGCGCGUCGCUCGGACCCAAGUGCCCUUACAAACGGACGGCCUCCGCACCGGCCGCCGUGCUGCACGCGCAUAGGCACGAUCGCGAGAAGGUGUAUCCGCGGCAGUAUUCAGCCCCACUGCUGAAGAGGAAGACUUCGAGGUUCGGACUGGGACAGCUGCUGUCAGCUCCACAACCGAUGGGCACUAACCAGAGAACCGGUAAUUCGCAUGAAGAAGCACUACCAACGGUUUCAAACAAAGCGAUCGAUCUUGAGGAGGCGGACAGAGAGACCACAAAUUUGUUAGCCUUUUUGCUCAUGCAGUUCUUGUCUAGGUCAGACCAAGCACAUCCAACUGAAGAUAAAUACGUAUCGAAACGACAGGAGCAAGUACUAAAACAUCUCUUCAUGUUACUCGGGUAUAAUACCGUCGAUAAAUUCUUUCACAUCACUGCUUACAGUCUGAGACAAUCGUCGAUCUUCAACGCUUUCAUGGCGAACCUUCCUCAGGUGUUAGACCAGAAUCAUGUAAUGGGGGCCACCAUACUCGAGUACACUUUACUCGUUUUGCAAUACAGUGUGGGGGGAGCGAGCGGUAGCGGUACUGCGGUGCUGACGUCGCUCGAGCCCCAUGUGCGCAGACAUUGGCUCAUGGCACUCCUUGUAGUGCUCUACAAGUAUCACUACGACAGCGGCGCGCUUUGCAGCCAGGUUCAACUGCUUGUUCGCAUAGUUCUCAACACGCUAGAAGCACAAUAUCAUCAAUGCAAACGCAUACCUCCAAUGAUUGUUAUGCCGCAAGCCGCUAGGGCUAGAGAUGUGAGUCAGCCGUCGUUGAAGACAGAGCACUCCCCUCCUCCAAUGUCAGGGGCGGGGGGGGAGGCCGCUCGGUCGCACAAGUCACCCGCACACAUGCACACUCAUUGGGAGGAACCCGCCCCUCCACCCAAAUACCAACAAUGGAGUUUGGAGCAGGAAUCAUCUGAGAGCGAACUGAUCGCAAUACCGGAAACGAGUGACAAAUCUGACACAACAGUGCACGGGAGCACGGCACCGGGUUCUUUCGAUGAGCCAUCUCAUUAUGAAGAUCCCCCAAAGGUGGAGACCCCGAUCGCUAAUACAACUCAUCCGACUUUUAACAAAAUAACUGCAGUAACGUCAAGGUCUGCACACCAGCUGUCCACGAGCUCAUCAGUUUCCAUCGGAAGCGACUCCUCCAAUUUGAAAUCAACACCGAUGAGUGGUCAAUCGGUGGAGAUAUGGCCUGACCAGUUGCACGGACAACAGACUUCGCCCAGAGCCAAGAUCCUCGGAAAACAGAAGAGAAUCGUCGUGGGAAGUAGUACAUCUCCGGAGACGGGAGGGUCAUCUGGUGAGGGACAGUUCUCUCAGUGGCCCUCACAGCCGAGAGACCCACAAGUACAUCACAUAAAAAGUCCAGUACGGUGCUGUGCGUACACGUCGCCGGAGUCCCCGCUGUCCCGCAUGGAGCUGGCCUGGAGCCCCGCGCCGGCGCCUUCACACACGCACGCGCCUGCCCCCUUCCGCAUACCGCCCACCGAGAGGUUGCUGCCGAUCGGUCCUCAGCCGAACAAGGAACAAUAUCCGGUUUUCAACGCGCUAGUCGACAGAGUAAGGGAGGCGCUUAGCUUACCGACAGAUGAUUCAACAGACAAGACGGACUCUAGUAGAUCUGAACCGGAGCAGAUUCCUAAGCUGGUGCCGACCACAAGACCACAUGAGCUCAACAAGAAAAACUCCACUGAAAGAAUCGGCACGUCCCCCCGUCGAUUGGCCAGACAAGCCGCACAGCUUGGCUCCCCUCCCACAGCCACGACUGUAGGACAGGGGCAAGAAGCAGAGAGCGAGUGCGGCUCGUGGUGGGAGAGCAGCCCUCGGCGCGCCCCUCUACCGCACCAGCCGCCACUCUGCUACCGAUGUGCGGAAUGCGGUACGGCAGUGGAACAGUGCAGCGAUGAGGAGCUGGGCCUCUGCAUCAUCGUGAUCGCGACCUUCGUGCACCGAGAACCUGCUGCAGCAGCGCCCAUGCUUCCCGCCUUCUUACACGCCGUAGCCAGGGCGGGACAGUUGGGCGGUUACUCGUGGCAGACGGAGUGGGGGGGAUGCGGACGGCUGGCGGGCAGCGCGGUAUCCGUGGCGCAUCAAUUCCUCCGUUGUGUGCUGCACCAGCUCGCACCAAACAACGUCUUCCUCCAGCUCUAUCUACAGAGGACCCCAGAGAAGCAACGCAUGGUGCUCUUCAAGAGCAUAGCGCAGGCCUUCGUUGACUUCAACGAGUUGUACCCGUGCGGGCCGCUACAGCUGGUGCUUGAACAUCUCAACUCCAAGAAAACUUUACCAGUUGAUCAAAUGUGUACGCUGGCGGGCAACAUGGCGAUGUAUCUGGAGUGCCUGGCCCCCGAGGCGCUGGGCCCGGCGGCCGCGUGCGCCGCACUGCUGCAGCAGAUGGAGGUGUUGCUGCGUGGCGUGCUGCUAGUGCUGCCACAGCUGGAUGAUGUACUGCCUCUGCUGCGGGCCGCCACGGCCGCGCUCAGGGUGCCUAACGCUCACCAACACAAGAGUAUACUAGAGCCGAUCUCGAAGAUCCUGAGCUACGGCAUCCAGAAUUUCGUGAUGAAGCUGUCCGUGAUAUCCGAGCUGAGCAUGGUCUGCAUGCGGGUGUUCAGCCGCGACCGGGACCGCCUGCUGGUCUGCCGGGUGCUGGUCUACGAGCUGGUGCAGGCGCUGCGGACCAAGACCACGGUGCCUGACGACAACCUCUUCAUACUUAUACAGUUUGUUCUACAAGGUCACGGCUGCAGUCUGUUGCUACCCCCGCAGUUGAGCGCGAACUGCGGCGGUGCGGCCGGGGGUGUCGGGGAGGCUCGCGACCUCGGCGGGGGGGCGGUGGAGUGCAUGCGGCCACACCUACCCGACAUGAUCGAGCUCCUGCAGGACCCGCACCUCCUCAACAAGAUCAAGGGCUCCGUGUCGAAGUCGAUCGUGAACCGGAACGUGAUCUGCCUGAACGAGGAUACGCUGGGCAGCAUCGUGAAGGGCGGCAUCGCUCAGUACGCGGCCGCCGAGCUGGCGCUGGAGCACGCGCGCCGCCAGCCGCCCCCCCCGCGACACCUCACGCCCUGGCUCUCCGCCGCCCCCCCGGGUUCCCGCGACGUGUGCGAGUGUGUGUCCCGGGUGAGGCUGGUGUCGUGGCUGCUCGCCGGCGCGCUAAGCAACAGUCGGUCGCAGCCACUGCAGGUCACCAUACCGUGCGACGCCACCUGCCAUCUCACUGACCACAUCCAGACUAUUCUGUCCUGGUACGCGGAGUCGUCCCGCGUAGAGCCGCGUGAGUCCCGUGCGGAGUCUCGCGGCGGGCCCCGGUUGAGCGCGCUGUGUCAGGCGCUGUGUCUGUGCCAGCUGUGGACGCUCUAUCUGGAGCAGCUGGGAGCUGCCGAUGCGCUGCUCGACUUCUGGUGUAAACUUCUGCCGGCAUUGUUGCACCUCGCUCAUUCCUCGAAGCUGUUGGCAGAAGCGGUGAAUCUACAUUUCCUGGGGCUUCUCGAAUCUCUAUUAGAAUGUAAUUCGACGGUCCUCACCAAGCUGCUGCCGCUGUGGACUCCUGUGCUUCACUCGCCGCUCUUCAAUAUGUCCCGGCACGUGGCUCAGCGCGUGGAGGCGUGCCGCGAGUCUGUGGGCGCGGGGGGAGCGCGGGGACUGGGGGGAGGGGACGCUCGACAACAACGCAGCCUCCAUCGACUCCUGGCUAAAAUGGCACAACUAGAACUGCAACCGCAUUCCUUUUAUUUCAUUUAAAUAAAUAAUCAUUACGUUAAACUUCAUUAGUAUGUUAAACAUAAUACAUAAUGACGCUUGAAAGGCAAACGUGACUAAGCGACAAUGCGUGAACUUUACAGUAGAUUAAUUUAAAGUUGAAACACCUGAAAAAAAAAACUAUUUUAACGAAUCUAGCUGUAGGAUUGAAAUUAGUUUAAUAGAACUAGAAAUAUAUUUUUUUUGCGCAUCGAAUAUGGUUAUUGCCUAUCAUUUAUGUAUAAAGCAGUUAUUGUCGCUUAGUCACGUUUGCCUUUCAGGCGUCGACAUGUAAUUCUAGCAUUAUACUGGGUGUUAGGAGACCGCUUCUGAAAACGAAUUUUCAGUAGUAGUACUAACUAACUAACUAACUGGGACGGAAAAAAUCGAUCCAGCAUCGAUAGCAUUAUUUACUCUCCAUCAUGUUAGUACAGCUGAAUGAAACGAUAAUUUUAUAAAAAAUACAUUCCAUCCGGCUAUGGAAUGAGCUCCCCUCCACGGUGUUUCCCGAGCGCUAUGACAUGUCCUUCUUCAAACGAGGCUUGUGGAGAGUAUUAAGCGGUAGGCAGCGGCUUGGCUCUGCCCCUGGCAUUGCUGAAGUCCAUGGGCGACGGUAACCACUCACCAUCAGGUGGGCCGUAUGCUCGUCUGUCUACAAGGGCAAUAAAAAAAAAAAAAAAAAAAAAAAAAUACUAGACUUAAAAAUAAAACCAGCAAUGAAACACAAAGUCAAGAACAGCUAAUCCUCGGAUCAACGAACGCCCGGGCGGGGCGUUUUUUUACACGCACAUCGACGCGGCGCCGCGCUGGUACCGCGCUCUCCAAAAUUUACAAUUUUGUGGGUACAAAAUUUUCGUUUUACGAAAUCGGUCUUCUAACACUUAGUAUAGUGCUACUAAUAGAAACUAUUCCCAAAACAAAGACAGCGUUGGUCAUUAAGAAAAUUCACAUACGAAAAACAUAUUUUACGAGUGCGUUUUUUUAUUGCAAGCAAUGUAUUGUAUUUAAAGGUCAACAGACGCGCGAGUUCUAUAGUCUUAUAGAAGCAGGGACUGAUUCUGUUAGCUGUUUUUGAGUUACAUUACUGAUUCAUGGAAUAUGAAGUAACUAGUGCGAUUUGUCUUGGUUUACGUUACAGAACUUUGGUUUGGAGAAUGCCUUUAUAGCACCUUGUCGGUAGGUCUAUCUACAUCAUUUUAAAUAUCAGUUUUUUUUAUUUCUGUUUGAACACUACUAUAGUUAAUAUUGAUUUUUUUUAAAUAGAAUAAAAUGUGCAACUGUUUUUAAUCUUAUAAUUCUUGUAAAUUAAGAUUAAAAAAAUGUAUAAUACAAUUUUUAUUGUCGCCAUUACCUUACGGUUUGAUUGGUAUUAAACUUUUACGUUUUCAUCGCCACGAAGAUAUUUUCUCUACACAUACGAGCAUGCCUAGAUAUAUACAGACGCACAAUAAACAAUCCUUUUGUUUUGACAAUUUAGACACCAUAAGUUUGUUUGUUAAGACGAUGUCUUUUACUGGUUAGACGUCGUCGUGGCCUAAAGGAUAAGACGUCCGGUGCAUUCGUAUCGAGCGAUGCACCGGUGUUCGAAUCCCGCAGGCGGGUACCAAUUUUUCUAAUGAAAUACGUACUCAACAAAUGUUCACGAUUGACUUCCACGGUGAAGGAAUAACAUCGUGUAAUAAAAACCAAACCCGCAAAAUUAUAAUUUGCGUAAUCACUGGUGGUAGGACCUCUUGUGAGUCCGCACGGGUAGGUACCACUACCCCGCCUAUUUCCGCCGUGAAGCAGUAAUGCGUUUCGGUUCGAAGGGUGGCGGUAGCCGUUGUAGCUAUACUGAGACCUUAGAACUUAUAUCUCGAGGUGGGUGGCGCUUUUACGUUGUAGAUGUCUAUGGGCUCCAGUAACCACUUAACAACAGGUGGGCUGUGAGCUCGUCCAUACAUCUAAGCAAUAAAAAAUAAAAAGACGAACGAGCUACCGGCUCACUUGGUGUGUACCUUGAAAUGUGAGUUCUAAGUCUCAGUUUUUACAGUACAACAGCUGUCCCACUCUUCAAAUCGAAACGCAUUGCUGCUUCACGGCAGAUUUAGGCAGAGUGGUGGUACCUACCCGCGCGGACUCACAAGAAGCCUUGCCACCACUAUGCUAUUUAUAACUUCGUGUUUACGUUAUAUUUUCUUCGGUUUUCACGAACCGUAGACAUAACCAAAAGUACUUUUAUGGAUUAGUCUUCUUUUUUAAUAGCUUUUGUGAUCAUGGUCAGUUGCCUGUGACCACUGAAACUACAAGAGUGUUAAAUUAUGUGUUUAAUUUAUUUAUUUGUUGCUGAUAACUCUGUUUCUAUAAACUGACGAAGCGUGUUGCGGAUAAUAAUAUGUACUUUUAGGUUAUUAAACUACCUUGCAUUUUGAUUUAUAUAAAUAAAAUAAAGAUUUUUUUUGUAAAUAAAAUAAAAAAAAUAUUUAUUUAGUUACAUUCUUGAUAGUAAGUACAUAAACUAAUUAUUUCUAGAGUUCCGAUACUACGAGCAAUCGUGUAAGCAUUUACAAAACAAUUCAUUUUCAUUAGAGCUUGUAAUUAUUGAUCACGUAGUUUCUAGUCAUGGAUAUCAGACUAUAUGGUUCUAAUGCCGACACAACAAUAGUACGGUAUUUUUUCUGUUUACGCGACUGGUAGAUAUGUGUACCUACAACAAUAGUUUUAUGUCAAUGUGAGAUUACAUUUUAACGUGUAAGAAUAGUUAAACCAUAAUUAUUUUUUAAUUUGAAAAUUGGAAACACAUUAGUAAGAGAUACGACAUGUUUUGUUGACACAGCUUGUGUAAAAAGGGCCACAACAGUAGUGUAAUUAAUAGCAGAUAUAGUCGUAGUUACUGUAAAUGUAUGAAGCCAAAUAAUUGUGCCAAACAUUGCUAGAUUGUGACGUAAUAAACGAAUUGUCAAUGUA